AUGUCUGGGGCCCAGUUGCAGGCAGAACUGCUGAUGAACUAUCUCUCUGACAGGAGGGCGAUGGACUUCGGUGGCAUGGCGACAAUAGCGGCAGGCGUUUUUUUGGUGUUGCCGAUUAUUGUAUUGGCAGGCCUCGGCGUCGUUUUCAUCAUGAGCCUUACCACAUACAACCACCCCCUGCUACCAAAAGACUCGCCCGGUUUUGCAGAGAAGGGGCAGCUCAUCAGAGAAUCGCGUACUGCAAAAAUCGAGGGUGACUUUGUGGUCUUCAUAAUCGGUGCUGUUGUGCACAAUUGGUGGGACGUGCGUGGCUGGCUGCCGGUAUUUACGGGGAUGGGCACUAUGCUCAAGGAGCUCACGGCACAUCCAGAGUGCGGGUUCCUGGGUGGACAUGCCUACUUUGGAAGACCAGCACUCCUUGUGCAGUACUGGCGCUCCGUUGAUCACCUCAAUGACUAUGCCAGGGCCCCUUCCAAGAAACACUUCCCUGUGUGGGUGAAGAUGCGCAAGGUCAUGCGCGAAAACACAUCCUUUGGCAUCUACCAUGAGACUUACAAGGUGAGGGCUGGAGAGUAUGAGACCAUCUAUGCAAACAUGCACCCCUUCGGCCUUGGGGGAGUUGUCGGCACAGUGCCCCUCACUGGGAUUUACAACACUGCACGUGGCAGAAUUGGGGAGUCCAAGGGAGAUGACCACCCUGCCAACCUUCCUGAGAGGGCGUACUGAUCCGACUGGUCAUGACAAGAGUGAGUCCAGCAAUCAGCACUUGGGUAGGCCGGCAGGCGUUGGCGAUUAUCAGAUGGUUGUGACAGAGCUUAGGACAAGCGUGACUGCGUACGUUGUGCUGUGCAAAUACCUGUGACAUUGGGGAACACUUGGGGUCAGGCGCCUCGAGGGGUGAGAAGCUAUAAGCCUAGGUGCACUAAUUAGAGAAGGGCCUGGCCUAGUGUGUUUCUGGGAGGACUCUGUGCCAAUCCUCGGGGACUGCGAAUUGGAAUUCUUGCAAGCUGGCUUCCGUGCCGUGUGGUAGCACUGGUGAAUCUGUACAGUACUGGUGCUUCUAGUCUUACAUGCUAACUGUGUACACAUGUUGAAUAUGUUGUAGAUGCUGUAGUGUACGACUUCUGACGUCUUUAAUGAAUCGCUUUCAAAGUCUUUGAUGAGGGCACAAUAUUAGGACGGCAAUGAUCAUCGUGAAAAUUGGGACAUUCUGUCCUCGAAUUGAUCAUUCUAGAUCUAUUUGAUUGGGAAUGGAGAUGCGGUGUCUGCCAGAUCUUUGACUACAGACUUUAAGCAUGCACAGGCCAUUAGUGGGUUCCAAGUUCGAAUUUGGGGAUGCCUUGCUAUACUGCUGUAUUUCAAUCGACUUGCGCGCUCGAGCUCCUGGACUUGCCAGGCAGAUCCUUGGGAAACAACUGUGAAAUUCAGCAAGUACUUGCAGUGUCAGCAGAACGUAACUGUCAGUCCUGGCUGUAAGCAAAGCAAUCCAGUCUCUCAAGUUCUGUACCAAUUCAGUCUCUCAAAAGCGAUCUAGUCCAUCAAUUCCCCGAUCAAGAAGUCAUCAAUGAUGUCAAACACUCGCGGCGGAUGCUGGGGGCCAUGGAAUCCCUCUGUGGCAUCACCACCUGCAUUCUUCAAAAUAGCCAAUCCACCGGGAUGCUCCUCCACAUAGCUGCUCACAUCAUACACCUUCCCCUUCACCACAAUCCAGCAGUCCUUCUGAGAGUUGUGGGCGGCCACUUCAGCCUUGGUGCACUUCGCCAGCUGCUUCUUCUGUGUCUGCAGCAGCAAGUCGUCACUCCCACCAGAGUCUCUGCUUCUCAAGUACCAGUACAGCAGGGCAAGGACAAUGGCCAGAAUGGUAAGGGCAGAAGCACUGCUACCAGAGGCAAUGUUGGUGAAGGCAUUGGCACCCAUAAUAACCCUGGAAGCUGCCAGAGACUCAAGAUCAAAGAACUCUUGUUUGCAUGAGGAUCCAGUGAGGCCUUAUGCAGCUAUCAACGAGAUGCAAAAUCACCAGAAUAAAAAUGUUGCAUACUUUCUACCGCAUGCAAUACAUUUCACUUAAUCUGCCGCAGAAAGUGGCAUCAUGGAAGUAACGAUGCGAAGGACAGAGAGCUUUGAAGCGAGUUGCUGAUCUCAAACGGUUGGACGAUAUCUGACGUUCGUCUCAGACCGUCUAUGAUCGUAUUUAGUUGGCAUUUGGGCAGAAAACAGUCUUUCUUUCUUCUGAAAACUGAGAAGGAAUGUUCGAU